AGAGUUUACGGACAGCAAAUAAACACAUCUUGGCAAUAAACAAAAAUUUCUUGACACACAUUUGUUGUAGGCAAAAAUUAAUCCAAAAAAAUAACCACAAAAAAAACCAUGUUCUCGUUUACCUUCUGGAGGAACGAGGCGAAGAGGAACCAGCGCGAGAAUGUCUCGCAGAUCUGGAAGGAUUUGAAUGCAACAUUUGUGACCUUCCUCGGUUGGAGCUGGUUGAUUUACACCAUCGCCGUCAUAGUCAUCUCCAUUUGCGGCUACUUCGCCUACUGCGAGAGCUGCCGGAGAACUGAGAUUGUUCGACGGAGACGCGUCGUUCAGCGCGCCCAGGAACGACCACCGCAGAAGCGACGCCCGAAUGCUGCCUACCGGGAUCAUCAGAUCUAUCGUCACAUCAUUCUCAGUGUGGCCAAGUACAUGAAGAAUCCGGAGGGAGUGCGACCGUUCAUCGAUCACAUGGACCAUCUGUAUCCGUUGCGGCACUCGCAGGCCGAAAUGGCGCUCAACAUUGGUCACACUGGCAACGAGGCAAACGGCGCAGAGGAUUGAGUGAGAAAAGCUUGUGUCGGCUUUCUAAUUUCUUUUCUUUUACUUUUUUUUUUUUUUGUUCAAAUUAUCGACAACCCCAUGCGAGCGCAAAACACUACUGUAAAUUUGAUAGACCCGCCCAUGCCCUUCCUCUUUUAAUCCAGCAUCGUGUUGAAACGAAUACAAAAUUAAAGACAGACCACAAAAACGCGUGCUUCUCCUUCUUCUUCUUCUACUCUUCUACUAGAACAGUUCAUGCGCACAACUUGCGCGUACAACUGAUGCGGCCUAAAAAUAUGCAAUGCUAUUUAUAACGGCGCGUCGACUGGCCGCCGCUUCCAGCAGGCGACUGGAAGGCACAACAAAUAUAAACAAAUGCCAUGUGCGUCAAAAGCUCGGCGAAAAAGCGUCGCCGAUAAAACUAGGCGAAAGCUCGCCGCGGGCUGGCUCUCUCUCUCUCUCUCUCUCUCUCUCUUUUUCCUGUUGCGUAUUAUUGCAGGCGCGCGUUCCAGCUUUCGCUCUCUCUCUCUCUUUUGCUCGCUCGCUCUCUCGGGGCGUUAGUCCAAUUGAUGUUCGAUUCGUUGGCCCAGUCGCCAGUCAGACAGUCAGCGCGUCGCACGUACGCACGCAUCGAGCAGCAGCAGCAGCAGCAGCAGCAGCAGUAGCAGCAGCGCGGGCGCGUUCAGUGGCCCUAACUUAUCGUUUAAGUAAAUUUGAUUUAAAUGCAUGCAUUAAAAUAUUAUUUGAUUGAUUUACGAGCGCCCUAAUCAGUGUGACCUAAUCGCAAAUAAUGCCCACGCACCUAGACAUUUGAUAGUUUUCCGCCCCGUUGCAGCCAAACAAAGUGAUAAAGACAAAGUGUUCAAGACAAAAUGUAAUAAAUGUAACUAAAUAUACAACAACAAACAAAUAACGAAAAGCAAAAACAACAAAACACCAAACAAAAAUUAAUAAACGAAUAAACAACAAAAAUUGAAAUCAACAAAAACAAAAACGAAUCAGUAACCAAAAAUGUUGAACAACACUCGAAAGAUGUCAUGUCAAAGAUGCGCACAAUUAGCUUAAACUGACAGCAACAACAACAAUACGUAGAGCAAUAAAAACAACAAACAACAAGAAAAGCAAAAAAAAAACUACAGCCAGAAUUUACAAGCAAAAGGAUAAUCACAAAGCACAACGCAGCAAA